UUUUGUGAUAUAAGAACACUCUUUGUCACUAGGGAAAGAAGGUGUGGGGCAAACCACAUCCUGCAUGCCAAUAACUGAGCUACGAAAUAAUCUCUUCGUGUCAUAGAGGAAGGAAGUGUAAAUCCGAUAUUUCUGAAUUAUUUCACUGGGCGAAGACGGCGAUGGAGGGUUCAGGUUCCGAUCCGGAUUCACCGCCUGCCAGAAGAGCAAGGCUCUGCGACAACUCCUAUUCUAACUUUGAAAUGAAUUUAAGAAGUGGGACCAUAUCUUUGAGAAUCAGCGAUCGCUUCGCUCAGACUGUUGGCGGCAUUAUCUGCCCGAUCGUGAUAGCAGGAGCGAGUGUUUGCUUACUGAAACAAUUGCACUCCAUGAAUGGUGUCCUGUCAGAAGUAGCUGAAGCUUUCGGCCUGUUCUUGAGGGCAACAAGACCAGGGAGCAUCAUCGUUGAGUUUGGGGUCAGAGACCCACCGAGCGAGGACACUUUCAAACAAUUUCUCCAAAAACUCAAGACCGAGCUGCAGAAGCUGUUGCCGUCUGCUAACUUCUGGAUCGACAGAAUUGAAGACCCUGCGAACGCUCGAGCUCCACUGGAGCCGCUGGUCUCAGAGGUGGAUUUCGCACGGCACAUUCUGAAAUUUGUGUGCAGUGAACUUGAAGCUGAAGUGAAAGCCCUAUCAAGUGGAACAGUGGAUUGGCUUGACAUCAGAAAUACCAUAGGAGAUCUCAAGUGCCUUAUUAAGAAAUUUGAAGAAAAACGUACCAAGAUUUCCAUGCUGUCACAAAAUGGAAAAGGAAAAAGUUCCAUACUGAAUUUCCUUCUGUGUCUCACAGCUGAUAGUGAAGUGGAAUACAAGCAAAACAAUAUGUACCUGAAGGACUUGAGCAAAACAAACACCAGGCAAGAAAUGGCAAAGAUUCCUCAAGUUAUUAGAGAAGAACUUGAAAAACUGAAAGAAGAUGAAAGAAAAGAAGUCUUUCAAAGAAUGUUUGCAAAGUGCAAACGCACAUCAACUUUUCCUCAUUCGAAGAUGGCAGAGGCCCUGAAGAAUGAAAAAAGAUCAUUUGAUUCACUCAGCAAUUAUUUUGAGUCAAGUGGUUCUAAUUUUCUCCAACCUUAUUUGCUUCCAGUGAAGGAUAUAACAAAUAUUCAUUCAACAACCACAAAAUGCAAUGUUCGUUUGAAAUAUGGCACGGUUUAUCAAAUGAAAAUAAAAUACUUCAACAUUGAAGAACUUCAAUCAAUUCUUUAUGAGCUGGUGACCAUGGUAAAAGAAGAACAUGGACUAGGGGAGUACAGAAACAACAUUUUUAUCUCCCAUGAAUAUUCCAUUCGGCCCAGUUGCAUGGCAGACAUGAAACUCAGCAGAUGGAGGUGUUCUUACAUUUCACUUUGUGAUAGUAGUGAUGUUGGCUUCAGUACCGAAAAAGACCGAAGAGACACUUCUCGGAAAGCAUUAGCGGAACUGUUUUGUCUUCUCACUACUUACUUCCCAGAUGGCUCUUUUGAUCAGAAUGUGUUGCAGAAUAUUGAAAGUCCAGGGUCCAUUCAGCUUCGUCAAGAUGUAAAGGAUUUGGCUGGAACUUCAGAGUGUUAUGUGGGCGAUGGCGAAGAUGUAAAGCAGGAUCGCAUAUUUAUUAGGGAAAAUCUGCAGAAAUAUGUAACCACACAGCAAAUACCAAGCGAAGAGAUAACCCUGCGGCGUAGGAAAAUAACAGCAUUGAAAACCAUCGAGGUUUAUGCUCCAUGCAAGAUCUUGAUUGGGAAAGAGCUUCUAGAAGCACCUGGCAUUGAUGAAUCUGAUUCAUUGGCAUUAAAAGAAAUCAAUGAUGUACUGAAUGAGGUUAAUUUGAUUUUGUACAUCUCAGACUUCUGUUUCAAAACAAGCGAAAGCGAAGUUAAAGAAUUCCUGCUUCAAAGUGGCUUUCUGCAAAAAUGUGUGGCCAAUCUGGAAAACCAAAAGCUAUUUCUCAUUGCAUAUCCGGAAAAGAGUUCUUCCUUGCGAUUAUCACCUGAAAUGGCUGGUAAAGAAAGCAGUAUUUUCGAACAACAAUCAGAGAAAAGGAAGCAGGAUCUCAUUGCACUAGAACGAUUGUUCCAGAAAGAAUUAGCUGAUGAAUUUAAAAGAAAUUUGAGCACACCAACUUUAUACCCAGUUUCUUAUGCAUCUAUUCUCAUGAAGGCUGGAGAUCCAACUGAGGUGGUGAGGGAAAAUGAGACUUUACUAAAACUCACUGGGAUGCAAAGCUUUCUAGAGGAAAUUGACCAUUUUGCAUUUAACUGUGCAAAAUCUUCAGUGGAAGAAGCUAAAGACCUGCUUUGUCUACUGGAAGAUACAGCGAAGCAGCAUUUGCAGUAUUGUGAAAAAGGUGAAGUGGAAAAAUGGCAAAAGCUUUUGCAAAACAAAGAAUCAAUGGGAUUACUUUUAUCCUCUGCCAAUGAACGCCAUGAAAAUGUCUUGAUGAAAACAUUUAAAAAACUGAAGGAAGCAAGAAAGGAUCUUAUUUUGAACACGGUUAAGCCCUUCCUGAAAGACACAGCAGAAGAAGCAGUGGAACGAUGGAACAGUAAUAAAUCGCAGAUCAACAGAAUGGGUAUAUUCAAUCCAUACUAUAAUGGCAGACAUCCUGCUUAUAAGUUAAAGAUUUAUGAUAUUGUAUUUGGAUACCUCAAGAUGCCUGACUUCACCAAAUUCUUGGAUGAAACUAGAAACAUCAUGGAGGAGUACAAGGAAUGUGCCAUUUUUGACCUUAGUGAAUUUCUUGCCAUACAUUUUGAAAAAGACACUGACAAGAUGCAAAGACUUGUACGCCGGAUAGCUGAAAAGGAACUGGAUGCUGCUAUUGGCUGGUACAUGGGCAAGAAAAGACUUCCAUUUACUGAAAUAAAGCUACACAAAUUGUUCAAGGAAGCUCUUGUACAUCUUCUGAAAGAACUUUUGAAACGAGUUUACAGUAUGAAAAAUAUUGAAGAAGCGAAGGAAAAGGUGUCCAAAGACCUUAAAAUGACUUUAUCAAAAGCGGAUGUAUGCUUUGAGUCCAAGCUUGAAUUUGAACUUCAUGAAAAAAGAUGGAAGUCCUUCAUAGGAAAGAUGAAGACUAGGGGCACAAAUCCCAAGUCAAGAAUUUGGCAGCUGGUGACCACAUCUCUGAAAAAUGAAUUCAAAAUGAAUGAAAUUGAAAAAUUUAAGUCUAACGUCAGCAAUAUGAUCCAAAUGGUUGAUGCUGCACUGAAGGGUACAAGAACCACUUCUUGAGUCACAUGCAGGAUAUGGGUGACCUUGGCAGAGCUGAAUUUAUUACACAUCACAAGAUUUCCUGAGAAAGUAGUGAUGUACCUUUCUUUCAAUAAUGCACCUAAGUAUCUGCCUAGAUUAUGUGCUGGAGUCCUAUUGUGGGACUUAAACCAAGUGUAAUAUGUAAUCAUAUGACAUAGAAAGGAUUUAAAUUGUCAUUAUUUCCUCCAACUUUAGAAAUUUUAACAUUAGCUAGCCAGAAGUACUUAAUAUUGAAAGUAUUUUUACUUUGCAGUGCAGUGCUUUUGCUUCAGGAUUUAAUUUUUAUAUAUGCAGAUUAGAGGGAUUUAGUUGAUAGGAGACUGGAAAUUGUUCAGUAAGGAAAUAAACAAUGAUAUAAUUAUUUUUCAUUCUUGUGAUCAGAGAACACAAUUUACAAAACUGCUAUGAUCUGUCAUUUUUACAACUUUUCUAUUCCAUAGCCAUGGCAAAGCUUGCUUGUUCUGGAUGUUAUUUUUAUAUUUGUUUUUCUUUGGUCCUAAUAAAAUAUUUUAAAAUUUUAUUAUGUGCAGGUGCCCAUUUUCAUAUAUAAUGGAUCAGUGACACAUCAUGAAAUGUCUUUAGUAUUCAUUUUGAUUUGUUAAGCUUUUAAAAUUUUAGCUUAGAGAUGCUUAUUCCAGAUUUGCAAUUCAGGGGAACAGAGGUUCUGUUUACAAGGUUUUUCUCCGAAGUAAACAAAGAAAAUAACUAAAUUUCUGUUGAUUUAUAUACUUGUACUAAAACAUAUUACAGGAUUUUCCCCCCACUGAGGGGGAAGUUGAAGUGCGGGCACGCAGAGGCGCGCCUCUGAUCGGUGAGCUGCCAUUUUAUGUAGGCGGGCCAAUUAAGGCCCACCCAGCAUGACGUCCGCAUGGAAGCGCUAUGCUUAUUAAAAAAUAAAAAGUUCCCUCAUGUGACAUUGUCACGAGUUGGGACAUGUCCAUAACUUUUAAAAAAACUUUAAUUAAAUUUUUAAAAACCUACGUGAAACGUCAUCCCGCCCGUGGAUGAGGUUUUAUGCUUUUUCUAAUUCCUGCCAGGGCUCCUGGCCUGUCCGCUAACCUUAAGGUUGGACGGGCAGGUCCAUUAAUUACUUCAAUGACUCUGUCGAUGGCCUCAAUUGGCCAUUGACAGGUUGGCGGGCGCACAGCUGAUUUUGCUGAGCCCCCGCCUACCUGAAAAUUUAAAUGGGGUGUGGUGACAUCGGGAGUUCCGCCCGAUGUCACCGUGCAUCAUUUUACCCGUCGGCGAGCGGGCCCUGCUCCCCCGUUUGCUGAUGGGAAAAUCCUGCCCAGAAUGUUUUUGGUUUCAUAGUUUAAAUUAGGUAAAGGCAUUUGUUUAUGUCUGGCUUAUUUCCUUUCUGUUAACAAUAAAAACAAUUAUUCUA